GCAAGCAAUAGGUUACGUGGCAUUGGUAUCUGCGCAGACUCAGAUCACAACAUCCUUCGUUUAUCACCGCCUGGAAGAUGGUGGCAGUCAAAAUGCGUUCUUGUGUGUUGUCACUUUUACUUUUGAAUGUUUAUUACACCGUCGUCUCCUCGCUGUACUUUCACAUCGGGGAGACUGAGAAGAAAUGCUUUAUAGAGGAAAUUCCGGAUGAAACGAUGAUCAUCGGUCAGUAUCUUGUAUCCAUUGGGAUUGCUAUGCUAUUUAGCCUUGGGAAGUCAGCUAACGUUAACAGCUAGCUCGUCAAACUACCUUCCGAGUUCGAGUUAGCUAACAGUUAGCCAGCAAUCUAGUUAUCUAGCCAGCCAACAUUAAAUGCGUCUGUACGGGGGGAUGUAAACUUACUUUUCAGUUGACUUGUUGACAGACUUGGCUAGGUAGUUACACAAAUUCAUGAGCAAGCUAACUAACCAGCUAGCUAACGUUAGUUAUACAAAUCAAAUUGUUUUGGUCGCAUACACAUAUUUUCAGAUGGUAUCGCAGGUGCGAAAUGCUAAUGUUUCUAUCUCAACAGUGCAGUAAUACCUAACAACACAAAACAACAGACACUUGUCAUAUUGAUGUCCUCAGCUAGCUACAACUAUCAUAUUUUCAAUAUGUCACACUUGCUUUGGAUACUUGAAUACAUAUAAACCAUAUCUAGUGUAACAUCAUAUUUUACUGUCGUACCAUCCAUGUCCAUAUCCACUUCCUGUUAACAUACUGUAGGCCCUGCCCAGAAACAACCCUUGGCCCUAACAGUUUACCCCCCUAACUAGGCACUUGUAAGAAUAGGACCAGUAAAAGCAGUCAUUGGCUGGCAUGUGUAAACAUUUGCAUUUUUUUUUUUUAGGAAACUAUCGUACACAAUUGUACGACAAACAGAAAGAAGAGUACCUUCCUGCCACACAGGGUCUGGGGAUGUUUGUUGAGGUUAAAGACCCUGAUGAGAAGGUAGGAUGUUAUACUCUGCAACCAGUAUCAUUCACUUCAUAUGAUAUUCUUUGAGAGAAGCCUGUGAGAAGAAUUAUGACCAAAGCUGUAUUGAAUUGAAUAGUAAUUAUACUGAAAAAGUGUUGCUUCCUCUGUGUUUCCUGUCUGGACUCUAGGUGAUCCUGUCUCGUCAGUACGGCUCGGAGGGAAGAUUCACCUUCACCUCUCACACCCCAGGAGAACAUCAGAUCUGCCUUCACUCCAACUCCUCCAAGUUUGCCCUCUUCGCUGGAGGAAUGCUUGUAAGUGCAUUAGUGGGGAAGAAGGAAAAGGCUAUUGCACUCAAUGUGGGGCAAUAAGAAUUGUUUUGAAAAUACCGAUGUUGAUGCUCCUCUCAAUUGUUGUGAACCACCCUUUGUUUUCUCAGAGAGUUCACCUGGACAUCCAAGUGGGAGAGCACACCAAUAACUAUGCAGAGAUUGCAGCCAAAGACAAGCUGACAGAGCUGCAGCUGAGAGUGAGACAGCUGGUGGAGCAGGUGGACCAGAUCCAGAAGGAGCAGAACUAUCAAAGGGUGAGUACAUCAGCUGUCCUGCUGAGUAAAGCCCUGGACACACCGGUCAGCUGUCCUGCUGAGUAAAGCCCUGGACACACCGGUCAGCUGUCCUGCUGAGUAAAGCCCUGGACACACCGGUCAACUGUCCUGCUGAGUAAAGCCCUGGACACACCGGUCAACUGUCCUGCUGAGUAAAGCCCUGGACACACCGGUCAGCUGUCCUGCUGAGUAAAGCCCUGGACACACCGGUCAACUGUCCUGCUGAGUAAAGCCCUGGACACACCGGUCAGCUGUCCUGCUGAGUAAAGCCCUGGACACACCGGUCAGCUGUCCUGCUGAGUAAAGCCCUGGACACACCGGUCAACUGUCCUGCUGAGUAAAGCCCUGGACACACUGGUCAGCUGUCCUGCUGAGUAAAGCCCUGGACACACCGGUCAACUGUCCUGCUGAGUAAAGCCCUGGACACUUGAAAAAGAAAAGGAGAGCUGCACACUCUAGGAGCUCAGAUGCAAUAAUUUAAUAACCUAAUAACCAACGUUUCCACAGACAAGCUGUCUUCAUCAGGGUAUAAUGACAAACACUGCGGGUCACUAGUUUAUAUAGUGUCAAAGGACACACACAGGUGUCUGUAAUCAUGGCCGGGUGUGGCCUGAUUAUCAUUGGUUAAUUCACAGAUAAACAGAACCUAUAAAAAACAUGAAUAGAUAGCAUACGGUCAUAGAUACAACUUGGCUACAUAGGCCCACAAAUAUUUACAAUGAAUAGCAAAAUCACUAUAAUCCCAAGAAUGGCUUCAAAUCAAAGUCUACGUUGAGACCGAAGGGAGCAAGUGUCUUUUAAAUGAAAGAUCCAGGCAGCCUCUCGUUUUAACAAUAAGUUGUCGAGGUCACCCCCUCUCCUAGGGAGAGUGACAUGUUCGAUGCCGAUAUAACGUAGGGACGAAAUCGAGCGGUUCGCUUCCAAAAAGUGGGCAGCGACUGGGUUUUUGCAACUAAUGGUGCUACGAUGCUCCAAGAUUCGUACUUUUUAAUUUGCGCUUUGUUUUACACACACAAUUUUUACCACAAGGACAGGUUAUAAGAUAAAUAACUGCCUUAGUGGAGCACGUAAUAACACCUUUGAUUGGGAUCUGUUUCCCUGUUUGGGGGUGUUGGAAGGAUCUACAUUUGUAAGUGCCAUUGCAUUGAGCGCCGCCAUUACACUUGUAGUUUCCAUACGGUAGAGGCGCAAAUAGAUAUUUAGGGGUGGUAAAUCCGAGUUUAACCAAUUGAUCUCUGAGAUUUCUGCCCGCGAGAAUACAACCAAGGGAGGGUCCGAGAAAACGUUACCAAUACUGUCAUCGGAUCUUAGAAUGUGCCAAUGUUUGAGCUAUUCCCUUAAUUUGUUCAGAGCACUUAGAAUAGCGUGUCAUUAGAACGCAAGAAUGCUUAUUUUUGUGAGACUGUCCUUGAAAGAGAUCAGGUCUCGAUUUGUUUUGAAUUUUCUCAAUGGCAGUAUUAAUCUGACCAUUUCUGUACCCCCUCUCCAUGAAUUUUCUUUGCGUCUCAGCCAUAUUUCUGUCAAUCUGAUUUGUUUUUUGCAAAUUCUUUUGAUUUGACAGAAUUGGAUGUAGGGCAAACUGUUUUUCAAGGGAAGUGGGUGACAACUAUCAGCCCUCAAUAAACUGUUACGAUCAGUAGGUUUCCUGUGAAGAUCAGUGUAUAGAACAUUAUCCUCACACAAAAUCAGAAGAUCAAGGAAACUGAUUUGAUGUGUGUCAGAUUGUAUAGUAAAUCUCAGGUGCUCAGAACACGAGUUAAGAAAAGCAUUGAACGCCUGGAGCUGUUUUGAAUCACCCCUCCAUAGAACAAAAAUAUCAUCAAUGUACCGUUUCCAAAUAAUAAUGUUAGGCAAGAAAACAUUUUUGAGAGGAUUGAAAAUUGACUUUCUCCAUGUAACCCAAAUACAAAUUAGCAUAGUUAGCCAUAGGGGAUCCCAUAGCAGUACCCUUCGUCUGAAAUAAAUAAAUAAUUUAGAAACAUGAAGUAGUUGUGUGUGUGAGUACUAUUUCAGCCAAUGUUAUAAUGCAUGCACUGGAAGGUAGUUCAUUUGGGUCACGUUGCAGAAGAAAAUGUUCCAUGGCUCCUGAGUAAAGCCCUGGACACACCGGUAGUGUUUGCUGGCCAUGAGUACUUGGCACCUCUGAACAGAGUGCCGGCUGUAAUUUUUCAAACCGAUUCUACAUGUAGAAAAAGGCUAAAAUAAUGUCAGUCAGACGUCUACUGGCAGGGUGGGGUGGUCCCUUAAACACACAGAGCGGAAUGAACGCUAGACGAACAACAGACUUCCAUUUGGUGCAAUGUUUUCUCCUUAAAAUAUCAUAAAGUCUGUUCAAGGCAAAGUUUGAUUUAAGACAUUUGCUGAAUUCCAAAUCGACCUCUAGUUCCCACACUCUAGCCACUCCUGUAGAUCUGAGGGGAUUGGAUAGAUAUAAACAUUAGAGUAACAGCUUAAUAUAGUCUUCUGAAUGGCUGGGUGGAAAUAUCGUCAUAUAUUUCUUCCACCUAUCCAAUCCUGUCAGAUCUACUAGUGAGUAGGGGUCAAGUUGGAAUUCAGAAAUGAAUGGCCUUGGCUUGUGUGCUACUAUUUGUAUUUUAUAAAAGCUUUGCUCUGUCUCUUUCAGUACCGUGAGGAGCGCUUCAGGCAGACCAGUGAGAGCACCAACCAGAGGGUUCUGUGGUGGUCCAUCGUUCAGACAUUGAUCCUGGUGGCCAUUGGCUUCUGGCAGAUGAGACACCUCAAGAGUUUCUUUGAGGCCAAGAAAUUAGUGUAGACCUGCACUCUCAUUUUGUUGUUUAUCUGAGUCCGGGUUGGGGAUCAUUUCGGUUUCAAGUCAGUCAAUUCAGGAAGUGAACUUUAACUCUAUUAUUGAAUAGAAAAUUCCCCCAUUGUUUUCUAUGAUGCUUUUUUCAUUCAUCAAUUCAGUUUGAAUUCACUUCCUAAAUUGAUAAGUGAAUUGAUCCCAACCCUGGUCUGAAUGCAGUACUCAAACGUCAGUCCGAAUGCGUGUUUGCUCCCAGAGGUAUGUGUGCAGACUGGUGAGGUUACCAUCCUAUCAGUGAAAACCACCCAAUUAUUUUUAUUUUGAGAGGGCACUGCUUUUGGAUUUUUAAGACCCUUUUGUGACUUUGAUAUUCUCCAUCCCUGUUUCUGUAAGAUAUAAGUCUGCAAUUAGUUUUAUUUAUGAUCCUCUACAGUAUGCUAUAUGUUUUACUUUUGGCUGGGAAUUUUUUUAUUUUAUACUAUUGAUGAUAUCAAACAUUGGACUGAUGAUAUCAAACAUUGUUCUUCGAAGGUUAAAACCACCUGUAUUUUUUUCACAUCAUACCCCACCCCCUUUGACAACCCACAAUAUGUAGCACUGUUGUGACUGUCAGUCAUUUUCCAGGUGGCAUCUCUUCUCUCAACCUGAUUAGAGACUAUGUUUCUCACUGUACUUACAUUGUGAUGGGGUUGUUGUUACUGCCCGAGAGAGAUCACCUAUUUUGGUUUAGAGCCAUACAACAGAAAUGGUGACUUGAUUUAUGAAACUUAUUUUUGGUCAUGUGUGCGUACUGGUCUUUACGUUUUUUUUUAAUUUUGCUUCAAAUUAAUGUACGUUUCAACCCCUGAUGUAUUUUGUGUCGUCGUGGUCUGUGUGUUUAGAAACAGAAAGACAUCCAGAAUAUGCAGAAUUUUAAAUGAAGAUCUUGAAAAUUGGGUACCUUCUCCUGUCUUGUUAACCAGUAUCUGUAUUCCCAAAGCACCUCGGAGUAGGCCUGCUGAUCUAGUAUCUGUUACCACUUGUUAUUCAUUUUGAUUUUAAAAGGCUAAACGGAUCCUAGCUCAGCACUUCUACUCUGAGACGCUUUCUGAAUACGGGCUCUGUCUGUGUUUUUAUUUAAUGGUCAGUUUAUAAAGCUGGUAAGUGAGACAAGAAACAUGACAUUUUGGUUAAAGGGUGGCGCUAGAGUGUCUGAUGUUUUAAUAUGGUCGUUUUAUGGAAAACAAAAGUUGUGUGAAAUACUAGCUAUGCAUUUGCUGAAGUAAGAAAGCAGUUCACACAGUUUCUCCCUAACUUGCUGAAUACAGUGCCAAAGAUGUUCCCUUAUCACAAUCCAUUGGCUUGAUGGUGGUCAAGUGAAUAUUGAUUUUGAAAGAGAUUUGCUUGUUUUUUUCAUCUAUACUGCAUAUCUAAGUGAACCUGGAGAGGUGGUGUUUUUGGCUUCUGUUUUAUCCAUUUCCUUUCUGCAAAUACUCAGGUAGAGUUAUGAAGACACUGAUUUAAUUCAAUAAAUAACUGCUGUCCAGGUUUACAGUUUGCUCCAGUUCUCAUCAUGUACAAGGAGUUGGUUCGUGGGUAAACAUCCAUUGUACACUUGAAAAGUACUUAGCCAGAAAGCAGUCCUUGCUUCUUGUCAAUCAUAAAACAAUUUGAACUAUACUGUAUCAUUUUUGCUAAAAUAUAUUUUUGUUCAGAUAAUCUGUUUCUCCUUAAUGUUACCAAAACAAUUCUUUAAUGAGUUAGUUCGUCAUUGGUUUGUUUUUUCAUUUGUUAAUGGUUAGAUGUCAAAGAUUGAGUAUGAUUUUAAUUAGUUGGUGAUGGUUUGUUUUGGGUGGGGGGAUUUUAAUUUUAGAUUCUGUAAAUGUGAAAACUUGUCUAAAUCGCACUAAAAAAUAAAGUUUUAUGACCUUUGGCUA